ACGGUCCGCCGGCAUUCUCACCUCGGCCCAGCGGGGGAAUGCCGCGGCCUUGGGGCCGCCUCCUCUUCACCGGCGGCGAGGAAGGCGACGCCACCCUCCGCAAGGUCGACCUCACCGAAGGCGAGCACAUCGUCGGUCGCCGGCCAGAGUGCCUCGUCGUCUACACCGACAACCGCAUCUCCAGCACCCACUUCAAAAUCUCGCUCCGCAACUCGAGCGACCUCGGGAAGCGCGCCUUCGACGUCUGCCUCGAGGACUGCUCCGCGAACGGCACCUACCUCAACGCUCAGCUCGUUGGCAAGGGCAACUUUUGCUUCCUGUUCCAGCGCGACGAGAUCGGGCUGCUCAAGCCGUGCGGCGGUGACGAGCAGCCGCCCUACGCCUACAUCUUCCACGACCUGACCGGCGGCUGCACCGCCGACCACUUCCCCUUUCUUGCCACCGACGCGACGCCGCAGCGCGCCGCCAAGGCGGUGCCGCCGCUGUCCGUGUCGGGGCUGAGCAGCUCUGGCCCGACGCCCCUCCCGACGGAGCGCACGUCCGCCUCCUCCUCCUCCAACGGCACCGCCAAGAAGAGGCUCGGCGGCAUCUUUGGCUCGCGAGCCAGCUCGCGGUGCGACACAGACGAGGCAGCGACGCCGCCGUCGGAGCAGCACUCCCUCGGCGCGGAGUCCGUGGGGGAGGAGUCCUUGGACCUGGUCUCUCGCCAGCUCGCCAUGCUCAGCGACCCGAGCCCGACAGGCAUGCACACACUCAACCACACGCUGCAGCGCGGCUUCAAGUUCCAGGCCGACGCGAUCGCCCUCGGCGGCGUCACGGCCUUCAUGGACGUUAUCGGCGCGACGAUGGCCAAGCCGAAGAAGACAGCGAUGGACUUGCAGGUUCUCGACAUCGCGCUGGACAUGCUGCUCACCACCAGCGCUUCGGAGGAAGGCGCCUCCUCGCUGCUUGACGAGGAGGGCGGCUUCGACAAGUCGUCGCCAUAG